AUGUCUGACGUCGAAGUUGCCGCUGCUGCUCCAGUUGAAGUUGAGGCUUCCUCAGCUGCUGCUCCUGCAGCUCCAGCCAAGGCUGCUAAGGCUCCUAAAGCACCAAAGGCUCCUAAAGCCAAGGCUCCUAAAUCCAAAGAAGAGAAGACCAAAUCUGCUGCUCCAUCUCAUCCAACAUAUUCCUCAAUGAUCACCGAAGCCGUCAAGUCUUUGAACGAGAGAUCCGGAUCUUCCAAGCAAGCCAUCAUGAAGUUCCUUUUGGCCAAGUACGAUUUGGGAACCAACAUCAACCAGAUUAACGCUCGUCUUCGUUUGGCUUUGAAGAGAGGAGUAACUGUUGGAGAAUUGAAGCAAACCAAGGGUGUUGGUGCAAGUGGAUCAUUCCGUCUCGGCGACAAAGUUAAAACCGUUAAGAAGGAAAAGAAGGCCGUCAAGCCAAAGAAGGAGAAGAGCUCUACUGCUUCCAAGAAGACCAAGGCUCCCAAGGAGAAAUCUGCUACUAAGAAAUCAGCCGUUAAGAAAACUGAUUCCAAGAAGUCACCCAAGAAAGCUGCCUCCACAAAGACUGCCAAGCCCAAGAAAGCUACAGUGGAGAAGAAGGCCGUCAAGCCCAAGAGUCCCAAGAAAGCAGCUGCCGCCAAGCCUAAAGUUGCCAAGGCUCAAAAGCCAAAAGCUGUUAAGAAAGUCGCAGCUAAAAAAGAAUAA